UUCGGACUCCGCAAGCGCUGCGCCCACCUGGUUAGUGCCAAGUGUCGAGCUCCAAGUGCCGUAUAAUACCUCGCUCAGAAACAACACCAGCUACACGACGGACAAAUCAUGACAGAAGGAAGCGACUACGAUUAUCUGUUCAAGGUCGUCCUAAUUGGUGACUCGGGCGUUGGUAAAUCAAACUUGCUCUCCCGGUUUACUCGCAAUCAAUUCAACAUGGACUCCAAGUCGACUAUUGGAGUCGAGUUUGCGACCCGCUCGAUCAAUGUCGAUGGAAAGCUCAUCAAGGCUCAGAUCUGGGACACCGCAGGUCAGGAACGGUAUCGCGCGAUAACUUCAGCCUACUACCGGGGCGCAGUCGGUGCUCUCUUGGUGUACGAUAUCUCAAAGCAGGCAACGUUUGCCAACGUAACGCGGUGGUUGAAGGAGUUGCGGGACCAUGCAGACUCUAAUAUCGUGAUCAUGCUCGUGGGGAAUAAGAGUGACCUGAAGCACCUGAGGGCAGUCCCCACGGAAGAGGCAACGAACUUCGCCACUCAAAACGAGCUGUCGUUCAUCGAGACCUCGGCGCUGGAUGCUUCCAAUGUCGAUUCGGCUUUCCAGACUAUCUUAACCGAUAUCUACCGCAUUGUGUCGAGCAAGACUCUUGAUCAGUCUGGCGACUCCGUUAAAGCACCUACCAGCGACACGAUCCCCGUCGCCAUCGACUCGUCAGCACCAGCCAAGAAUGGAUGUUGCUGAACGUGUACUUCUAUGGCGACGAUGUUUGUUAGAUGACUUGUAUGGCUACCACCUUCCUGUUUUCCCCCUUAAUGGUAAUUCU